ACCAGCGGGCUGUGCCAGUUUGCAGCUAGCUAAUCGGCUAAUUGUCAUCGCACCAAUUCCACAUGGUGUUGGCGAACCGUGUGGGGGUUUCUUUGCCGUAUAUAUUUGGCCUCUCAUUGAAUUUUGGAUAAAAAGCCAACAGCGAGUCUUCAUGUCGUGAAGCCGCGCUGAGCCACCGUCAGCUCCUCUCACCAGGUGAGCGAGGUGCCAGCAGGGCACAGAGGUGCGCCAUGAAUUAAUUUCCAUGGAAAACUUGUUUGGCCAGCUCUGCAGAUAGCGAGAGAAAGACACGAAGACCCGGAGGAAAAGCUAACGUUACAGAUGUAGCCGCUCGACAGCCUGCAGUCAUGUCCAUUGAAUACACCAUUGAUAUCCAGCUGACAGAGUUGGGGUAUACGGACAUCGUGCAGUCGCGGGACACCUCGGUUAGAGAGACACCCAAACAAACCACAGCUGCACCCCCUCUGUCAGCGUGCACACCCCGAAAUCCCGCACAAAGUCCACGAGAUAAACCCGUCAUUAAAAGCAAAGAGCUCACAGUGAAUGAUCCUGAAGACAGAGACUCUUCACGGCCACCAGCCCAACAGGGAGACAAUCAGGGAGGAGACAAUAGAGAGGAAGAUGAAGGGGACACUGCAGGAGGAGAUCCAACAGAGAUGCAGCUGGAUGUGGAGGGAGACUCCGACGACAGUGAUGUUUCAGAGGUGUAUGAUGAAGAAGAGGUCGAUGAGGAAGAGGAGGAUUAUGAGGAGGAGGAGGGACUGAACAAUGAGUCGAGUCAUUCAGGCGACUACCGCUGCAGUGUCUGUGAUCUCCAGCUGCCCUCCAAAUUCAAGCUCCAGGACCACAUGAAUCUGCACACAGGAGCGCGCCCGUACUGCUGUGCUGAAUGUGGAAAGCGCUUCUGCCAGAUUUACAACUACCGUGUCCACCUGCGCACGCACGCCCAGAGCAAAGAUCGUCUCCACUGCCGUGUAUGUCUGAAGGAGUUCCCCACACAGGAUGAUUUGACAGUCCACCUGUCGAUAACUCACUUUGAGAAUGAGUUCUACGAGUGUGACCUAUGCAAACGCGUGUUUACGUCCCUGAAGGCAUGUGAAUACCAUGUGCAGCAACACAAAUGUAGGUUGGAUGUUGUAUGUGAGGUAUGUGGCCGCCAUUUCUCCUCUCCAAAAUCUCUCAUGCGCCACCGGAAGAGGGCGUGCCAUCGCAAUUUUAAAUGCACAGACUGCACAAAAACCUUUACUAAGAAGAAUGCUCUCCUGAAACACAGCUUCUCCCAUCUCGGUUUGUUGCCUUACACCUGCAUACGAUGCCGCCGCCACUUCCGCCUGGCAAAGCUGUACCGCCAACACAAGUGUGAACCCGAACGCAUUCACUGUGUGGCGUGUCUGAGAGAGUUCCUCAGUCAGGAGGACUUCCAGCAGCACAAAAAGGACACAGGCUGCUGGGGCAAUCAGGAGCCUAAAGGGGACGAGAUCAGGUGUUUGGAGUGUGGACAGAGAUUUGACACGACUGAAGAGCUGAAGAAACACGCUGGAGCUCACCAGAGAGUGCUGAAAUGCGCUGAAUGUGGAAAGGGGUUCCGGUCGGCCUUGCUGUUAAUGUCCCACAUGGGCGGUCACGCCGGCAAGUCGCCCUGCCUUUGUCAGAGCUGUGGACUGGGCUUUCCCCACCAGCAGAACUAUGACAGCCACCUUAAGACCUGUGGACAAACCCCUCAGCCUGCGAGUGCUCCCAAGAAACGCCAGGCCUCAAAGAUCUCCUCAUCUGAGACCACGAAGGUCAAUGCAAAACCGAAUCUAACGAUUCCGACAAACACAGCUGCUGUGUCUGCUGUCGUUUUAAACAACGCCGCCGCUGUUUCAAACAACCCUGCUGCGCCACUGAAGGAUUGCUCCAGUCCAGGACUUGUGACGGGGGAUGUGUCUUCUAGCUCUGGUCCAUCAGACGGAUUAUGGAAGCUAACCCUCGACAAACAGCCGCCUCCAGGUGUUAAACUCGUCGUGUUUCUUCCUGUCUGUGCAACUCAAACCAACGGCCUGACACUCCCACCUGCAAACUCUCCCACAUUACCGGUUCCAGCUAUGCAGGUUCAAGCAGCUCUCUCGCCUUUUUCAAAUGAACAUUUAGGUGUGAAUGCUGCUCUUGGAGCGCCGCUAAAUAGCCCUCUGGAUUUAGUAACAGGGAUCAAACGAGAUCCAGAAUGGGACACACCUCUGGAUUUGUCCAAGAAGUGUAACUCAUCUAAGUCUGCUCUGAGUGAUGUUCCUCUUCCAUCUAUUAAAAAUGAGCCAGGAGAAUUUGAAAUCUCAGGAGAGGCUAAAAGCACUGAAAAACAAGUACUUAAGAACAACUACAGCAAAGCGAUUGUUAAAGCAGUUCCAGGAGAGACAGAUACGACUCCGUUAAAAAUGGAUCCCAUGGAUCUCUCCAGUUGUAAUGUUGACACCACAUCCUCUGGACUAAAAAUAGACAUUAAGAAAGAGCCUCAGUCUCCUGGUCCUGGUCCUGGUCCGGAUUCUGACUCCUGUUCAUCUAGAUCUUGCCAGCUGACUGAGAAAGACAUUAAAAUGGAGACUGACCUUUCACGCCCUGCUGAUGUAGAGAAAUAAAGAUUUUCAAUGAGCACAAAAUAAAAAAGAAUAAAAUCCCAUCAGUGGUCGCAUUCCCUGCUGGACGAUGCAUCGAAAGUCCUGCAAAGGAUACACCUACUGCUGUACCCGAAGCCACGUAAACCAAAUAUGGAGGUGUCAUUCUGCAGCCAGAACAAUAUACUACUCAGUAUUGUAUAUAUUUCUGUCUAAUCAGUGUAUCUACCAUCAUACCCUCUUAUGACAAAAUGAAUUUUCUACUUUUUCCACUAUUAUGAAUAGACUCUUGAUAAAAUCUAGUGACUAGACUAGCAGCUGACCGUGUGACUUUUGGUUUAGUAAAAGAAAUAAUAUUGUUUCUUCUGUAAUUUAAACAAAACAUUCCAAGCUUUUGCUUAUUAUGGCUCUUUUUUUGUUUUUUUAAUAGAAAGAGGAUAGAUAUACGCACAUCAUGUAGCUGCAAGGCUAUCAAAAAAAAAAGCACACACGAGAACAACAAGUUAACGCAACCGCCACAUGUACUCCAUGCCACACAAGUUUAUUCAAGACAACUUUACAUCUCACUUGGAUCUUGGUCAGGUCAUAAUUUUUGUCCAUGUGUGCGCUUUUUUUUCUUUUUUAAUUUCAUUUUGGGUAAAGUUUGUGGUUCAGGCCAUGAGAGCAAAAUGGUUCUGUAACUGUCAUAAAGCCUAUGCAAUGUCAUGCAGGAUUUCUCACAGCAUUAAAACAUAUUCCUAAUUUCUACCUUUAUGUUCUUGUUUUUGUUUGGGGGUAAAUUGCAUCUUUAGGUUUAUUAAUGUGUAAUACUUUAAAUGAAAACACUGGAUUUCUUCAUAUUGAGCUGAAAACUUGAAACUAUGUGCAUUUUUGUGUAUAGGCACUUGACCUUUAGUACUAUGUUGAAUAUUUAAUAAAUUAAAAUAAUGGUACUGAUCAGUAACAUGACAUUCUGUCACUUUGUGAUUUACAUUUGCAGAAUCUUUACAGUCUGCAGGUAUCGUUUGAGGUUUUUACUGAAGGCAAAUAAAAAGUUGUCCUUGAUGGGAGAUCACUUCA